UUUUGAUGAAAUGUUGAAGUUAUUGGGCUUAAACAUUCAUUUCACGGUGAGAUCCCUAAACUUGGGCCGAGACACUACGCUUGGACAAAGCCCAAUCAGGAUCAGCCCGGCACCAGCUUCGCUCCGAGAAACUACUCACCAGAAUCAGAGUAAAGCUGCAGGCUGAAGCUCCAAAUCAAUGCGGCGCUGCUGCUCUCCCCCUUCCCUCCAACUCCUCGCCGCUGCUGCUACCGACAAUCCCUCCAUGUCUUCUCGCCCCAUCUAUCGAGGAGGUAGUAAUCGAGGUCGGAGAGGCUACUGCGGUCGCACAAUUGGCGGCGAAGAACAGUUCGUGACCGGAGAAUCGCAUUUCCAGUCGGUGAGAGAAGCCAACAGAGGGUGCCGACGAGGGGAGAGAAGUAAUUUUGGUGCCAGCUCUAGUUGGUUUCAGCGUCAACCGUCCAAUCCGCGACAAGCUUUCAAUAAAAGGCCUCAUUUCAAUCCAACUCCGGCGUACGAUCGGAAUCAGCCGUACCAUCAGCGCCCGCAGUUCAAUCCAAAUCGACCAUUCCCUCGACCUCAGAUUUUCUGGCCGACAUCUCCUAAGCCGUCAGAUUAUCGGAAUUGGGAAUAUGCUAAAUCAGAACCUCCGGCCGAUUCCGAGCGGUUUAAAAUUCUCUCAUACAAUAUACUUGCUGACUACCUAGCUAUUAGCCAUCGAAGCAAGCUUUAUUCUCAUAUACCCGUGGACAUUUUGGACUGGGAGUGGCGAAAGGGAAAAAUUAUUUUUGAGCUUGGUUUAUGGUCAGCUGAUGUAAUGUGCUUUCAGGAGGUUGAUAGAUUUCAAGAUUUGGAGGAGUUGUUGAAGCUCCAAGGAUACAGUGGCAUCUGGAAGAUACGAACUGGAGAUGCAAUUGAUGGUUGUGCAAUAUUUUGGCGAGCUUCAAGAUUCAAGUUAUUAUAUGAGGAAGGCAUUGAAUUCAAUAAGCUUGGACUGAGAGAUAAUGUUGCUCAGAUAUGUGUACUGGAGUCAAUGAGUCCUAAAGGCACUAAAAAUACCUCUCUUCACUCAGCCACAAGCUCGUCAGGUUCAAAUAAAGUCGUCAUAUGCAACAUUCAUGUACUUUACAAUCCUAAAAGAGGAGAGAUUAAGCUUGGCCAGGUUAGGGUUCUCCUGAACAGGGCUCAUGCUGUUUCUAAGAUUUGGGAUGGUGCUCCAGUUGUUCUUUGUGGCGAUUUUAACUGCACACCAAAAAGCCCGUUGUACAACUUUAUAUCAGAGCAGAAGAUAAAUUUGAUUGGAUUGGAUCGAAAUAAGGUAUCAGGACAAGCUUCUUCUGAAAUUCAUCAACCAAGGCCAUACAGCCGUAACCCAAGGGCUCAGUCUACUGACAAUUCAAUUCAAGCCACAGCUACAAUUGAUGGCAGGGAAGUUGGCAUGAAGCAAGGCAAUUCUAUUUUUAAUAUGCAGAUGCAGAACAGUUAUGAUAGCAGUGUGAGAAAUGCACCAGUUAUGAACAGCUUGUCUCAGCCCAUAUGUGAUAAACCUGUGCUUGGUAUGCCUGAUAAUUCCUGCUGGGAUGGUCAUUGUGCAAAUAAGAACGGGACACUAGCUAAUGAAGUAACACAAGAAUCACAGCCUGACACUAUAGAUGCCUGCAGGAAUCAAAGAGACUCAAUUAUUUGUGUUCCAGUUGGUAGGUUGAAUGAAAGCCAAUCUCUUAAUGACGAUGGGUCUCUUACAGAUAUAGUGAUUGAUGGUAAUCAUAAUGAAAUCAAAACUCAAGCAGCUUCUUGUUAUGAUUGUGCUGACUUGAUUGAGACAGGAUAUGGAGAAGAAGUUGAUGUCACCUCCACUUCUAUUCUUGGAUCCUUUAGUCAAGAGUGUCCAUCCAAUAUGCUGGCUCAAAAUGAAACCAUGAAGUGUGACAAAGCUACACUCUUAUAUUUGGGUGAUGAUUAUUCAACCGAGGCCAAAGCUACAAAGCCUGUGAAUACUUCUAACUCAGACUCUUCUCUGUCACAGCUGCACUGCCAGUGUUCCUUUUCCAGUGUCAUUGAAGCAUCUUGCUCUGGGAGCACAGGAAAUUUGUCCAUGUCUAUAGCUAAUGAUAAGAAGUGUGAGCAGUCAGCUUCGUGUCUUUCCUCAUCCACAUCUACCAGCAUCGACUUAGCCUUAGAGGGAAAUCAGAAGUUAUCACAAUGUCAUAUAGAUGAAGCUACAAAGGAAGAUGGAAGUUUAGGUGAAGAAAGGAACACCUUUUUAUCAGAAUUGCAUGUCGCUGGAGACCAAUCUGAUGUUGUGAAAUUAGAUCACUCUGAGAAAUGUGACACCAAUACCUAUAGCUUACAGUUGCAACUGCCUGGUGAAGAAAUUCAGGGCGACUUCUCUCCAGGCAUUGGUUCUGUGCCUGUUGAGGCAGAGAAAACUACUUACGAUCCAUCACAAUGGACUCCAAUGGAGAUGGAAACUGCAACGGGUAAUGCAGACUGCACGCUCGUGGAACACCCUCUCAAGCUAAGAAGUGCUUACGUUGAGGCAGAGGAUUGUUCAGGGGCAAGAGAUUCAAAUGGAGAACCCAUGGCAACCAGUUAUAACAGGUGCUUUUUAGGCACGGUCGAUUAUAUUUGGCAUUCCGAAGGUCUCCAAACUGUGAGGGUGCUUGCUCCAAUACCAACACAUGUCUUGCAGUGGACUAGGGGAUUUCCAACAAGGAAAUGGGGCAGUGACCAUAUUGCCUUGGCUUCUGAAUUGGCCUUUACAAAAGGUGUGACCAGUCCUGAUGCAGAAGUUCAAUAGCAAGAUAGGGUUUGGUGGUUUUAGAUUUGUAGGCGGACGGAGCUUCCCACCUGUUCUGUCUGCGUCAAUCCAAACUGCAAAUUUUUCGGUACUGGAAAAAUUGACUGGUAGCCCCAGAUCUGUCUUGCCUUCUUGUAUUCUCUUUGUACAUAUGAACUUGAGUUAAUUUUUCUCUUAUUAUUUGUAGUAAUAGUUUUCGACUAGGGAAUUUUUUUCAUAAGGCCCCGGGCUCGCAUACAGUUUGUUGCUUGAUUUAUACUGUUGCACAAAUAAGAGCUUGGUUGGGAGGCCACUGCUUAGUUUAUUACUAGUUUUGUUUGAUCCAAUUUUUGCAUAUCCUGUAGUGAUUUAAAUCUUCACGUACUUCAUUUAAUGGCAUGUUUCCGUUUUAAUGUGA